GACGUAUCGUGAUCGCGAGUCUCCUCGGAGGAGCCGCGCAGAAGCCGGCACCCGCCGCGGGGAGGGGCGGCGACGGCGGCGGGAGCAGCCUGUGGAGGCGAGCGGAGCCGCCAUGGCUGAAUUCCCGUCUAAAGUGAGCACGCGGACCAGCAGCCCGGCGCAGGGAGGCGGCGCCGCGGUUUCGGCGCUGCGCCCAGACCUGGGCUUCGUGCGCUCCAGCCUCGGGGCGCUCAUGCUGCUGCAGUUGGUGCUGGGGCUGCUGGUGUGGGCCCUGAUUGCCGACACCCCGUACCACCUGUACCCAGCCUAUGGCUGGGUGAUGUUUGUCGCUGUCUUCCUCUGGCUGGUGACAAUCGUCUUCUUCAUCCUCUACCUGUUUCAGCUGCACUUGAAGCUAUACAUGGUGCCUUGGCCGCUGGUGUUAAUGAUAUUUAAUGUGGGCGCCACCGUCCUCUACGUCACGGCCUUCGUCAGCUGCUCUGCUUCGGUUGAACUGACGUCCCUGAAGGGCACCAGGCCGUACAACCAGCGUGCAGCUGCCUCCUUCUUUUCGUGUUUAGUGAUGAUUGCCUAUGGAGUGAGCGCUUUCUUCAGCUUCCAGGUCUGGCGAGGAGUAGGCAGCAAUGCAGCCACCAGUCAGAUGGCUGGCGGCUAUGCCUAAACCACUGGUGCCAUGGGCCACCCUGGGCCUGAGGGCUCUAGCCUGGUCCCUGUGCAGGUGGCCCCACAAGCCCGAAGCCUGAGCCCUGCAUGGAGUCAGCCCGGAAGGGACUACACUUGCUCUUCUCUGCUCAUCAGACUCCUUGGGCUCACCCCACACUCCCAAGGAAUCAGGAUCCUUCCUCUGGCAGGCGCAUGGGCUGGAGAGAGGCCAACAGCCAAGACCUCUCCAUCCUCCAUAUUCAGCAGAAGGUGAUGGGGGAUACAGGACUCUCUCUGCUUUGUCUUUAGGACUUCGGUGUCCAAGGCUGGAACCCAGCCUUCUCAUUGGCACUAAAUACACUAACAAUGACUCCAGACUUGCAGCCCACCAUAGAAUAUGCCUAACAAACAAGCAGCAAUUAUUUAUCUCUGUUUUUGUUCUGGGAAGCUGAGCAAAUUCAUGAAACUGUUCUGAUUCCUUAAAACAUAAUCCUGGUCUGACCCUCCCCCAAGCCAGCAUGUCACUUGUAGGGAAACAUGUCGAAAGAGGGUUAUGAUGCUGACAGCAUGGUCUUCCUUUCCUACAUUUCAGACAUACCAGUUAUUUUAAACCAGUUUUAAGUGACUUCUCAAUGAUGAAAAGCUUAGCCAGGUUUCCCUCCCUUUCCCAAGCCCUUGUUUGUAGUUUUCCCUUUGGGAAAAGCUAACCUCAAU